ACCUGCGCCCUUUUCCUCCCUGCACCCCGUUUCUUCGAGUAUUCCCGCGCAUCCUACGAACUCGGCACUCACCCUCCGCGGUCCAGGCGCAAACCUCUUCCCCUGCGGCGAGCGCGCACUCUAGGUUCCCCACCCAGGUUGCCAAGGGAGGUGUGUCGAGCCUUUUCUGCGCACUUCAAACCCAGACCGUCUAAUCUGACCCUCAGCCUAGUCCCCGUGCCCGGCCCAGUAAGAGACCAGAGAAAUCAAGACUUUCGGACACCGCUCUGGAAAGCCAGGGAGCGGCAGGAGUUGGAGAACCCAGCCCGGAGUGGCUCCCGCGGAGCCGGACUCAGCAAGGCUGCGGCCUUUUCUGCCCCCGGACUACGUUUCCCAGCGGCCCCCGCGGGAACUGGGCCGUCGGCCUCUUUGUGUCCUCCCGGGCGGAGGGAGUUGAGGUGCUUCUUUCCUGGCCCGCUAGGCAGGGUUCCGUCCAGCUGAGCGAGGCGGGCGAGGCCAGAGUGGCGGAGACUCCCUGAGCCUUGGGACGGGAACGGGAUCUUCCCGCAGUUCAGUUCUGCAGGGAAGAUUGCAAACAGAAGGAAGAGAAGCCUAAAAGUCUAGCCUGGUAAUUCUGGAUGCUGCAAGGAAAGUUUCUCAUGUUCCCUUUCCCAUGUCAGUCAACUGAGGUCACUGCCAUUUCUCAAGUGAAGAGCCAGGAGGAAGAAAGAAUGGCUGUUGAACUUCUUAAUGCCAUGUACCAGGAUUUGGUGACCUUCAGAGAUGUGGCUGUAGACUUCUCCCAAGAAGAGUGGAAUUGUCUAGAUUCCUCUCAGAGGCAUUUAUACAGUAAUGUGAUGUUGGAAAACUAUAGAAUCUUGGUGUCAUUGGGUCUUUGCUUUUCUAAGCCAAAUGUGAUAUUAUUGUUGGAACAAGGAAAAGAGCCAUGGAUGGUGAAGAGAGAGUUCACAAAUGGCUUGUGUUCAGGCUGGGAAUCUAUGUAUGAGACUAAAGAAUUAAUGCCAAAGCAGGAACUUUAUGAAGAACAAUCAUCCCAGAAUAUAAUGGAAAAACUUACAAGCUUUGGGUUUGAGUACUCCAGUUUGAGAGAAGACUGGAAAUGUGAAGGCCCUCUUGAAAGGCAACCAGGAAAUCAGAAGACAUAUUUCAAGAAAGAGAUAAUCCCUUAUGAAGAAGCCUUUAUUGAUGAGAGAAAAGAAGAAUAUAACAAAUCUUGGGGAAGUUUCCAUCAGAACACCCUGCUUCAUACACAGCAGAUAAUCCCCAAAGAGGAGAAAGUAUAUAAACAUGAAACAUAUAAGAAAAGCUUAAAAAACAGUUUGGUGGGUACUAAACCCAAGAGUGUCUAUGCAGAGAAGAAACUUUUGAAAUGUAAUGAUUGUGAAAAAGUCUUUAGCCAGAGCUCAUCCCUUACUCUUCAUCAAAGAAUUCAUACUGGAGAGAAACCGUAUAAAUGUGUGGAAUGUGGGAAAGCCUUCAGUCAGAGAUCAAACCUUGUUCAACAUCACAGGAUCCAUACUGGAGAAAAACCCUAUGAAUGCAAGGAAUGUAGGAAAGCCUUCAGCCAGAAUGCACAUCUAGUUCAACAUCUGAGAGUUCAUACUGGAGAAAAACCUUAUGAAUGUAAGGUAUGUAGGAAAGCCUUCAGCCAGUUUGCCUAUCUUGCUCAACAUCAGAGAGUUCACACCGGAGAGAAACCUUAUGAAUGUAUUGAAUGUGGGAAAGCAUUUAGCAAUAGAUCAUCCAUUGCUCAACACCAGAGAGUUCAUACUGGAGAGAAACCUUAUGAAUGUAAUGUUUGUGGGAAAGCAUUUAGCCUUCGUGCAUACCUUACUGUACAUCAGAGAAUACAUACUGGAGAAAGACCUUAUGAAUGUAAGGAAUGUGGGAAAGCCUUCAGCCAGAAUUCACACCUUGCUCAACAUCAGAGAAUUCAUACAGGAGAAAAACCUUAUAAAUGUCAGGAAUGUAGGAAAGCAUUCAGCCAGAUUGCCUACCUUGCUCAACAUCAAAGAGUUCAUACUGGAGAGAAACCCUAUGAGUGUAUUAAAUGUGGGAAGGCUUUCAGCAAUGACUCAUCCCUUACUCAACAUCAGAGAGUUCAUACUGGAGAAAAACCUUAUGAAUGUAAUGUUUGUGGAAAGGCUUUUAGUUACUGUGGAUCCCUUGCCCAACAUCAAAGAAUUCAUACUGGAGAGAGACCCUAUGAAUGUAAAGAAUGCAAGAAAACCUUCAGGCAACAUGCACACCUUGCUCAUCAUCAGAGAAUUCACAUUGGGGAAUCCUUCUCACCACCCAAUCCAACCAAUCACCAAGUCUUAUAAAUUCAAUCUCCUAAAUAUUUCUGGAACUUUUACUCCUUAUUUUUAAUAUUGUUACCUUAAGUCUAAGAUUCAUCUCACAUAGAUCAGUGUAAUAGCUUUCUAAUGUGCCUUCUGGUAUUCUUUUUUUGCCACCCUUAAAUCCAUUUCCCAUAAUGCACCCAAACUGAAGUUUUAAAGUCUAAGAAUUAACAUCUCUCUAGUUAAAACUGUUUUUUUGCAGGGCUGGAGUUGUGGCUCAGGGGUAGAGUACUUGCCUAACAUGUGUGAUGCCCUAGGUUCGAUUCUCAGCAUCACAUAUAAAUAAAUGAAUAAAAUAAAGGUCCAUCAACAUCUAAAAAAUAUUUUUUAAAAAACUGAUUUUUGCUAGCUAUUGUUUUUAAACUAACCACCCAAUCCAACCAAUCACCAAGUCUUAUAAAUUCAAUCUCCUUUAAAAUUGUCAUCACCUUUAAAAUUGUCAAUGAGGCUCUCCAUUAUCUGUUUCUUACAUUCCACAUAGCCUUAUUUUAUUCCAGUCUCUUCUAGGCACUAGGUACUUCCCAGAACUAAGAACUUGGAUUCUGGAAAAUCACUACUAAUGGCAUUGUGUGACUUUGAACAACUUGUUUUAAUUAUCUAAACAUCAGGAUUUUUUUUUUCAAAUAGGGAUGACAAAAGAUACUCUAUUGUAGAAAUGUAUUAAAUGAAAUUAUGUCUGUUGUAAAUUGUUGCCUAUUAAGUGAGGAAUUUGCAUGUAAAAUAAUUCAUAUAGAAUGUCAACAAUAUCAGAUAACCUAAUAUGUAUUGGGUGCCUACUAUGCACUAAGCACUGUUAUACAUACUCAACAUACAUUAACUCAUUCACUCCUCAGACUUAAGACAAUAUUCAUUAGUGGACAAGGUAGAUAGCAUCCCUGGGAAACAUCAGACCAAAAUUCGAAAAACAAAAAUUUUAGAACAUAAGACAGUCUUUAUAUUCUGAGUGAAUAAUCAAUAUAGACACAGGUAGUAGAACUAUUAUAACCAGUUUUAGAAAGUUUCUAAAGAGAAUGGCUUGUAUAAACCAAUAAAAUAAAGAAAAUAAGGAUUCACUAGGAAGAAUACAGAACUUAAAUUUAGGUCAAGGAAAUAAUAGAAAUGGUCAUUAUUAACUUAAAAAAAUUCAUAGGUGCCAUAAAAAAAAGCAUCAACCCCAACUAAUUGUAUGGGUGAAUUCAGGUAAUUUUGAAAACAUAAGUCAUCUUAUAUUAUACAAAAAAUGUAAAGUUUGUGGAUUUCAAAAUUGAAAUCAAAAUGGAAAGGUAAUCAAAGGCAUACAACAAUAGGCUAAUAUAGAUAAUAUAUGCUUUCAUUCAUUCAAUGACUGUCAAGUAGUUAGUCUUUGCUAGACACUAUUUGAGGCAUGAGAAGACAACCAUGAACAAUAGAAAAUCAUGUGCUCAAUGGAGUUAAAUUCCAGAGGCUGAAACAAUUAAAUUAUUACUUAAAUAUAAAACAAUAGAUUUUCUUUUUUUAGUAUUUAUUUUUUAGUUGUAGUUGGACACAACACCUUUAUUUCACUUGUUUAUUUUUGUAUGUGGUGCUGAGGAUCAAACCCAGGGUCCCGCACAUGCGAGACGAGUUCUCUACUUCUGAGCCACAACCCCAGCCCUAGAUUUUCUUUUUUUAAAAUUUUUUUUCAGUUGUAGGUGGUCACAAUAUCUUUAUUUAUUUUUAUGUGGUGCUGAGGAUCGAACCCAUGUGAGGCGGGCGUUCUACCACUGAGCUACAGCCCCAGCGCUAAAACAAUAGAUUUUCUAACCCCAGAAAACUGAAGAAUAACAAAAUUAAUUGAGGAGCAUUAUAUAGCCUAGGCUGAAGAGACUGAAUCUAAUAAAGUGAGUUGUUUGCCGGGUUUCUGUUCUCGCGACUAAAAGGCUCAGGGGUCACUCUAGUUAAACUGGGCUAACUGGGCUGCACGAAAUAACCACCCAAGAGACACAAAUACCUUUUUCUUUGGGGUUGCUGUGACGGCUCCUCUGACCUUAAGUGUCCGCAGGAAGAGAGAGUGAGGGCAUGCGCUGACCCCUUUUAUUGAGGAGAAGCUAUUCAAAUGAGGCAAGGGUUCAGGUUUCAGGGGGCUGAGUCUAUCUUCAUGAUGUCCACUGUUAGCAGGUUGACUGACACCGGGGUAGGCCACACCCAACGGCACAGUAAGAGAAGGGGACACACACAAGGCACUUACAUGGAAGAUUCUAUCCUAAACAGGGCAAGGGGUUAUAUUACAAAGGAACAGGUGAGCAUAGCUUUACCCAUGGGGCUGUAGCAAGACACACCCAUUUCUGUGACUGAGCGCCUCAGCACCCAGCUGGGGAGUGUAACUCAGUCACCCGUAAGGUUGGCCUCCCACAGUUGUUCUUAAUGGACUCUUUUGCCCUUUAAUUUCACAAGUUGUUAUGUUGGUACUAGGGAUUGAAUCCAGGUAACUGUUGAGCCAUAUCCCCAGCCCCUUUUAUUCUUUAUCUUGAAACAGGUCUCACUAAUUUGUUUGGGACCUCACUAUAUUGCUGAAGCUGGCUUUCAACUCACAAUCCUCCUGCCUCAUUCUCCCAAGUCACUGGGAUUACAUAAGUGCGCCAUUGCACCUAGCUGAAGUGUAAAUUCUUAAGAACAGCAAGAAAAUUGUUGUAUGUAUCAUAUUUGUGAAAACUUUCCAUAUGUUAAUGAUGGUUCACACCAGCAGAGAAAGGAUUUGGGGAGCACUAAAAAAAUUGACCCUAUACAUCAUUACUAGUAAGGGAUAUGCAAAAUGAAACCACAGUGAACUAUUUUAAAUCACAUUGGCAAAAGCAUCACAGUGUCAAUUACUGGAAAGAUAUGGAGCUUUAGGAACAUUCAUACAAUGCUAUUGGAAGUUUUUGUAUUUAGCCCAAUUUGGCAUUAUCUAAUAAAGGUGAGAAUUUAAUCUUUGACCCAGCAUUUCCUCUGUAGUCUCCUUAUGUCUUGGGGAGAUACACAUGAAGGCCCUCUGAAACACUGUUUGUGAAAAUGAAAAGUUGAAAGCAAUUAGUCAUUGUGCUGAAUAUACAUUGCAAUGCAAAUUAAGAUGGAUAAUAUUACUAUCAACAUGGAUAAAUCUCAAAAAUAGUAUUAAUGAAAUUGAGCUAGAGAGUAUUUUGUAUGAUAGAGUAUCACCUAUUUAUAUAAAGGGUGAAAGUAUGUAAAUCAAUGUUACUUAUAUUUUCCAUGGCUAAAUAUUAGGAGAAUAUAAAUGCAUUAAUGGACAUAAUCAAACCUGAAACAGGUGGUCUCUAGGGCAGAAGGAAAAUGGGAUUUGGGGAAAGAAUACAAUGGGAAAUCUCUUUAAUCAUAUAUUUCUCUUUUAAAAUAAGCAAAUAGUCAAUUCUUAAAAUCUGAUAAAGCUGGUUGUGGGUGUAUGGGUGGGUUCUUAUUCUCUGUAUCUUUCUAUUUAUUUCAUAAUAAAAAUAAAGAGUAAGUGAUGUAUGCUUUUGUCAACUA